CCUGGCGCAGUGAGACUGAAGAGAGGAGGGCCAUGAGAUCCUUGAGCAGCAAAUAAGGACACCGUCGCAGAUGUACUCGAGGGAAGCGAGGAAGGCCAACAUGCACCAAAGUCCAGUGUGAGAGAGAAGAUCAGCAGUUUGCUCGCAGCCAUGAGCCAGCCAACCCCAGCCACCACGGAGCUGCCCGUGCUGCCGGAGGACACGACAGCAGCCUUUGGGGUGGCAGACAUCAUCGUCGUGGUUAUUUACUUCGCCUUUGUCCUCGCUGUCGGGAUAUGGUCAUCGAUACGAGCAAGCCGGGGGACCAUCGGGGGCUAUUUCCUGGCUGGACGAUCCAUGACUUGGUGGCCUAUUGGAGCAUCCCUGAUGUCAAGCAACGUGGGCAGUGGAUUAUUCAUCGGCCUGGCGGGCACUGGAGCAGCUGGGGGCCUUGCUGUUGGGGGCUUUGAGUGGAACGCUACCUGGGCACUUCUGGCUCUCGGCUGGAUCUUUGUGCCUGUUUAUAUCGCAGCAGGAGUGGUCACCAUGCCCGAGUACCUGCAGAAGAGAUUUGGAGGGCAGAGGAUACAAAUCUACAUGUCUGUACUGUCCCUCAUUCUCUAUAUAUUCACCAAGAUAUCCACAGACAUUUUUUCUGGAGCGUUGUUCAUCCAAAUCUCUUUGGGCUGGAACCUCUACUUGUCCACUGUGGUCUUGCUAGCAGUGACUGCUGUCUACACCAUAGCUGGUGGUCUAACGGCUGUGAUAUACACAGACGCGCUGCAGACCCUGAUCAUGGUGCUGGGAGCUUUGGUCCUCAUGUUUAUAGGAUUUGAAAAAGUUGGCUGGUAUGAAGGACUACAGGAGAAAUACAACACAGCAAUACCGAAGAUCAUAGUCCCAAAUACAACCUGUCACCUCCCACGUGCAGAUGCCUUUCAUUUGUUCAGGGAUCCAGUCACAGGAGACAUUCCUUGGCCUGGCCUUAUAUUCGGCCUCUCCGUUCUGGCUCUUUGGUGCUGGUGCACUGAUCAGGUGAUAGUCCAGAGGUCUCUCUCUGCUAAGAACCUCUCCCAUGCCAAAGGUGGAUCAGUGCUGGGAGGAUAUCUGAAAAUCUUCCCUAUGUUUUUCAUUGUCAUGCCAGGAAUGAUCAGCAGAGCUCUUUACCCAGUUACAGAUGAAGUGGGCUGCGUGGACCCAGACAUCUGCAAAAGGGUCUGUGGAGCUGCAGUGGGUUGUUCCAACAUUGCCUACCCCAAACUCGUGAUAGAACUCAUGCCGGAUGGGCUCCGGGGUUUGAUGAUUGCUGUGAUGAUGGCAGCCUUGAUGAGUUCCCUCACCUCUAUUUUCAACAGCAGCAGCACUCUCUUCGUUAUAGACAUCUGGCAGCGGAUCCGCAGAAAGGCUUCAGAGCAGGAGCUGAUGAUUGUGGGCAGAGUCUUUAUCCUCAUCCUCGUAGUCAUCAGUAUUCUCUGGAUCCCGAUCAUUCAAUCGGCCAACAGCGGCAAGCUCUUUGACUACAUUCAGUCCAUAACCAGCUAUCUAGCCCCGCCGAUCACAGCUCUCUUCAUCUUGGCAAUCUUCUGCAAGAGGAUUAAUGAGCCUGGUGCUUUCUGGGGCCUUGUGGUUGGGCUGGCUGUUGGUCUCGUUCGGAUGAUCAUUGAGUUUAUUUAUAGCACACCGUCUUGUGGUGAGGAGGACAGAAGACCAGCUGUGCUAAAGGACUUGCACUACCUCUACUUUGCCCUCAUCCUCUGUGUCCUCACUGCGAUUGUCAUUGUCCUUAUUAGUCUCUGCACCCCACCGAUCCCUGAAGAAAAGCUCGCUUGCUUGACAUGGUGGACAAGACACAGAAAAGCAUCUGCCAUUGAUCUGAAAAAUUUCAAGAGUGAAGAAGCACAGAUCAAUCCAGCCAACGGAGAGAGCGACUUGGUCGAAAGUGCGGAUUUAGGCGAUAAAGAGGAGACAGCAGCCAAGCCUCCCUGCUGGAAGAUGCUGUACUUGUGGUUCUGCGGUCUAUCCACUGGCCCCACGCCCACCCUGUCCCAGGAGGAGAAAGCUGCCCUGGAGCGGAGACUCACCAGCAUCGAGGAAAAGCCCCUGUGGAAGACUGUUUGCAACGUUAAUGCUAUUCUUCUGCUGACCAUUAAUGUCUUUCUGUGGGGAUAUUUUGGCUGAGGAGGGGUCAGGUCAGCAUGUGGCUUUGGCUUCUCUCAGGAGUCCUCAUCUUCAUGUCUAAGAAAGAGGCAUUGGGUGUCAGAGACCCCGGUGAUGGUCCCCAGAGGCACCAGCAAGCCUUGGCACAUCCCUUCCCUGGAGGCACUGCUUGCUGGAAAUGACUGCGGGGCUCUGUUUCUCCAUAAGAUAAGGUUUGGCCAAGACUCAAAACUGAUCACAUCCAGAAUGCAGGGGA